AUGGGUGUUAAACUAUACGCUUUGGAUAUGAGUCCACCAGUGCGUGCAUGCAUGAUGGCUCUUGGUGUAUUUAACGUGCCAUUCGAAAAAAUACUCGUCAAUGUACAAGGUGGUGAACAUUUAACUCCAGAAUAUUUGAAAAAAAAUCCUCUUCAUACGAUACCAGUACUAGAAGAUGGUGAUAUAACUAUACAUGACAGCCACGCUAUCCUAACCUACCUAGCUGACACCUAUGGAAAGGACGACUCUUGGUACCCAAAAGAUGUCAAAAAGCGAACGUUGGUUAACCAAAAACUAUUCUUUAACGCAGGUGUUAUGUUCCAGAAAUUACGAAACAUCACAUACAAUAUCGUGUUAAAAGGAAAGAAGACCAUAGAACCGGAAUUGUUAGACGGUGUCACAGAAGGCUACGAGUUCAUGGAAGCGUUCCUGUCCCGGUCAAAGUAUAUCGCUGGAGACCAUGUUACAAUCGCUGAUAUAGCAAUUUUGAGUACUGUGUCAACCCAAGAUCUUAUCCUACCAAUAGACGCCCAAAAGUAUCCAAAAUUGAAAGCCUGGUUAGAAGAAUUGAAAGCGACGCCAUAUUGUAAGAAAUAUAAUGAAGAAGGUGCGAACGCUUUGGGGGCGUAUGUGAAAAAGAGUGUCUCUUCUUAA